AUGUCGCUCGCGAGAUUUCUCAGCCACACUCACCUAGUCACCAACUUCCGCACACUCAGAUCAGCAACGAGCCAAGUAGUAGCAGUAGUAAUAUCCAGGCGGUCGGUCGCGAAGAUGAGCCAGGGGCAGCCGCAGCCGAGGAGGCCCUCUGCCGGUGGUGACCAGCAGCAACACCAGGACCAGGACCAGGCCGGCGGCGCGAUCCGGUACGGCGACGUGUUCCCGGGGGCCGUUCACGGCGGGCUCGCGGAGAAGCCGGUUUCGCCGCAGGACGCGGCCACGAUGCAGUCGGCAGAGAACCUCGUCUUCGGCGCGACGCUCAAGGGCGGCCCCGCCGCCGCCAUGCAGUCCGCGGCCUCCCGCAACGAGCGCACGGGCGCCGUCGCCCACGACCAGGCCACCGUCCAGAAGCAGGGCGUGUGCGUCCCCGGCGCGCGCGUCGUCACCGAGUUCGUGGCUGGGCAGGCCGUGGGGCAGUACCUGGCGCCGGACGCCGAUGCCGAUGCUGACGACGCGGCGCCGUCGAAGAUAACGAUCGGGGAGGCGCUGGAGGCGGCGUCGUUCGCGGCGGGGAGGCGGCCCGUGGAGCGCAGCGAUGCGGCGGCGAUACAGGCGGCGGAGGUCAGGGCCACGGGGCUUGACGUGAACGUCCCCGGUGGCUUGGCCGCGCAGGCGCAGAAGGCGGCUGAUGCCAACGAGAGGGCCGCAAGCGACCGGGACAAGACCAUGCUCGGCGACGUCCUCUCGAAUGCGACGGAGAAGCUGCUGGCGGACAAGGCGGUGGAGAGCGAGGACGCGGCGAGGGUGGCGUUCGCGGAGGCGAGGAACAAGGAGGACGCCACGGCCAGGCCUGGCGGCGUCGCCGCGUCCAUGGCCGCCGCCGCGCGGAUCAACCGCGACACUGCGUAAGGCCGGUAUCACGCGGCGCGCCAGCGUCUGGCACUGGCACGUACGUCCUGCAUAUGUUGUAGCAGCAUCUACUGUUUCGUGCAAGCGUACGUCUUAGUUUCGUGCAGUCAUAGCUUAGUCGGGAGUCAAAACUUCUGGUCAUAUGACUGAUGAGUCUGUAAACAGUACUAGCUCUGUAAGUCUGUAUCCGCCAACACGGUCGAGUCGUGCAAUGUACAAAAAAUAAAAAA